AAAGUAGAAACGAAUAUCCGUUGCAGAGCCGUGCGAGCACGUGUGGGCGCGCAUCACAAACCGCUGCGCAUUUGUUCGCGACCCAGUAGCGCCACUGCAGCGCAUCGAAAUUAAUUAGCACUUGCAGCGCUUUCUCCGAAACAACGGAGUCAUCAACACGCACUGCGAUUUCAGCCUCCAGACUCCUUUAGCGAAAGGAAACAAGAAAUAGACGAAAGCGAAACUUGUUCCUUCCGAAUGCAAUACCAUUUCACCGCGAACCUCAUGAAAAGUGAACUUGAUUGCUUUUUGUUCGAUUUUUUUCGUGGCGGUUAUGGUGUGGACCGCUUCCUGAGAUCGGAGGCAAACGGUGUCAAUGUGUCACGGUGGAUGAACACAGCGUAAAACCGCGGCGAUCUCCCGUGGAGACAGUCGCCGACAGCCCCUCAGGGUGGAAAAACUCGCCCUGGUUCCCUUUAGGCGGCAAGUUCUUCUCGGGCAGAGAAAGCUAUGCGGCUGCCUUAUAAAGUGCCUCCCUUGACGAAGUGAGACAGUACAGCUCUCUACCCGUUCCACAGAACAACAUGGCAAAGCUUAUGGCCGAGGCGCGGCCCCGCUACCUGGCCAUCCCGCUGGACGACGUGGCGCUGGUGGAGGUGGACGCCCUGGCGCCCGAGGCGGAGCCCGCCUUGCCGUCGCUCAUGCGCGCCCCGCGCCGCGCCCCGCAGCAGGUGCCCAUCCCGCAGGCGCGCGUCGAGCGCUCCCACCACCACCAUCACCAC